GAAAAGAAGCGGGAAAGCUUUUAUUUAUUUUUCAAUUUCAUACUCCUUUUUUCAUCAAAAAUAAUUACAUAGAGAUGAGUAGAUUAAUUAUUCGGCAUGCUAAACAGGUAGUGAUGGUUUGUAAAAACGGGGAACGUAUUUUAAAGGGGGAGGCAAUGAAAGAAAUAGCCGUGUUUAACAGCACAGAUGCACAAGGGGUGUCUGUCGUGGCAAAUGAAGGUCGUAUAGAAUGCAUAGACUGGGAUGAGUCAGUAGAGAAGAAAUAUGGAGACUGUACUUUUGAUACUGAGAUUGAUGCUUCAGGCAUGUGUGUCCUUCCAGGUCUUGUGGAUGCCCACACUCAUCCUGUGUGGGUUGGUGACAGGGUACAUGAAUUUGCUAUGAAGCUUGCAGGAGCAUCGUACAUGGAUGUGCACAAAGCUGGAGGUGGUAUCAACUUCACAGUGCAACAUGUCCACAGUGCCUCAGAAGACGACCUUUAUGAACCUCUUAAACAAAGACUGAACACUAUGCUGAAGUAUGGAACGACCCUUGUUGAAGCUAAAAGUGGAUAUGGCUUGGAUGUUGAUAAUGAGAUUAAGAUGCUGAGGGUUAUUGAAAGAGCAAAGAAAGAGCUUCCAAUAGAGAUUUCAAGUACUUAUUGUGGUGCACACUCCAUUCCAAAGGGAAGCACAGCAGAAAAAGCAACAGAAAAUAUCCUCAACGAACAGCUUCCAGCUAUUCAGAAACUCAUGAAAAAUGGAGAACUGACAGUAGAAAAUAUUGAUGUGUUUUGUGAAAAAGGUGUUUUUGAGACAGAAGAUACAAGAAAAAUACUGCAGGCUGGCAAAGAAGCUGGUUUGGCUAUCAACUUCCAUGGAGAUGAACUACACCCCAUGAACUCUGGAGAGCUUGGUGCAGAUGUUGGGGCACAAGCCAUCAGUCACCUAGAGGAAGUAAGUGAUGCAGGUAUAAAAGCCAUGGCCCAAGCAUCUAUCAUUGGUGUAUUACUGCCUACUACAGCUUACAUUCUCAGGCUAAAGCCUCCUCCAGCAAGGCAGAUGAUUGAACAAGGUGUGGCUGUUGCACUUGGAACAGACUUCAACCCUAAUGCUUACUGUCUGUCUAUGCCAUUAACCAUGCAUCUUGCUUGCUGCAUCCUUCGUAUGUCAAUGCCUGAAGUUUUAGCAGCUGCAACUAUCAAUGCAGCUGCAUCAAUUGGUCGGUCUCACUCUCAUGGCUCAUUAGAAGUGGGAAAAGUUGCCGAUAUGAUUGUAGUCAAAGCGCCAAGGUGGGAGCAUCUUAUCUACCAGCUCGCUGGCCAUAAUGAACUUAUUACUUAUGUUAUAAAAAGUGGUAAAGUUGUGUAUCAAAGCUAGUAGUUACAAUGCCAAUCCUAGUAGUGCAAGGAAAAAAUUUAAUGUCUAGUCCCUAAAACAACUACAGUAAGACUAAGCAGGGCCGUAGCCACUACUGUAUGAGGCAAGCAAGGCAGUCGCAUCUGUAAAAUGUCACACACAAAAAAAGGCCUUCAAAACUCUGCAAAUUGCAUUUCCCAGAGUCUUAAUUUCAAAAUUUUCAAGGAAUGCUUGCCCCAAAACCUCCUUGUUGCUCCUGCCUUUGCCACUUGUUUGUCUUGGUAAACAAUUUGGUCUCGCUACAACCCUGCUUAGGAUCCGACAAAGUUCUGCUUUUAGGUAGUCUGUGUCCAGCCACAAACAGACCUUGCAGAUACCAACGGAUAUUAAAUUCUUUCCACAAAACUGUUAUGAAAAAAAUGUAAAGUAUUUUAAUUUAACCAGAAGCUCAUUAGAUGACUCAAAUAAAGUGUCCAUUUUCAUUUC